AGCCUCGAUGAAUAUGAAGAUGAUGAAGCAGGGCAGAAGGAGCGAAAGAAGGAGGAUGCUAUAACCCAACAGAAUACGAUACAAAAUGAGAGUUCCAGUGCAGAUACCUCUGGCUCAUACUUAUUUCAGGACUCCUCCAGGAUGGUUUCAAGCAGGUAUAAAAGCACAGUCAAUGCACCGGAAGACGAUCCUCCAAAUAGAUAUUCCCGAACAGACAGGACAACUUACAGCAGAUACAGCAGGGAUGCAAAUUCUUCUGGCAGUUCGGUACCAAGUAACACUUUGGAAAAGAGGAUUGAGGAACUUGAAAGGGAACUUGCAAAGGAGAGACAAGAAAAUGCAAGAUUAAUGAAGAUAUCACAGGACAAAGAGGAACUAAUUGGAAAGCUGAAGGAAGAAAUUGAUUUAUUAAACAGAGACCUAGAUGAUAUAGAAGAUGAAAAUGAACAAUUGAAGCAAGAAAAUAAAACCCUCUUAAAAGUUGUUGGACAGCUGACAAGGUAGAAGAUUCAAGCCUCAAUGAGGAAAGAUAUAAAAACUACUGAUUGAACAUUAAGGUCAAUAUAGUAAUACUUCCUGUGUUGCAGUAUGUUAUAAUAACUGUCUUUGUAUUUAUUGUUAGGAAACCAGAUGAAUGUUUAUUUUCAUAGUACUUUCUUCUUCAUUCAAUGAAAUGGCAUCAAAUUUGGGGUAUAUUUUUAGCUUUCUUUUCACAUAAGAAUAAUUAAAUUUUUGACAUAUUUCAAAAGAUUUUCAAAAAUAUUUGGGUUUUGUAUCUUCAGAUUACAUCUGGAUAAAUUACAGUAAUUUAAAACUCAUAGCACCAAGAUCACUUUCAGUCCAUGUGGGUGUAUAUUUUUGAAAUGAAUGGAAGCAAUACAUAUAAGCUUUGUUUACACAGAUCCAAAAUAUAUAUUUUGGGAAAUAUUUCUUUUUUUGUUUAAACAGCUGUAAAGUGGAUGCCUUAUUACUGAUGUGUAACAUUUUGCAGAUUGAUUACUUGCUCUAAAACUCUUGUAUGUUGAGGGUUUUUUACUGUAUCUGAAAGACUGACAAUAGUAGAGUAGCAAUUUUUUUUUCUGUAUAACAGUAUUCUGGCAGGAGGGGGAGGUUUU